CACUUGGGGAAUUUCUCAGGCAUUUACAACAUUUAAGGGAAAACCAUGUCCACGUACAAUUAUGGGAGAUACUACGUGCUAAUUAGCUCGCCUGAUAAAAAAAUAAGACUAAUGCGCGGAUUAUCAAGCCCCACAAUUAAGGACAUUCUCGAGGCCGCUGCAGAGAUUGGAAUCAAUGGAAAGUUUCUACUCACCGCUGAAAAUCGUACAGUAAUUGGCGAUGAUUACGCCUUACGCUACCUGCUGGAGAACUCUCACGAGAUAAUAGUGGCCCAUACACUGGAUGUGGACAAGAAGCACCAGUUUGGAGAAGCCAUUGGAGAAACUUCAACGGAUCCAGAGGCAAUCGAGUUGAAUCUGGAGGUUGGGGAGUGUGUAAAGGGAUUGGAUGCCAAUGGUGAAUUGUGUGUAAGACUUAAGGAACUCAAAGCGCAAUUUCUAUUCGUAAUGAGUUCGCUGAACAAUAUGCUUAGGCAAUUCAAAUUCUCUGCUCAAUCCAAGGAAAUCGGGGCAUCUACCGGAGACAGCGGCAUGUGAUUGCCAGAAGGUUCCCCAAGCUGCACUUGUACAUUGGAUAAUUCAAAAUUUCAGUUAAACCUAAAUGCAUGAAAUAUAAACAUCAUCCAAGACUUGCAA